AUGAAUUCAGAAUUGGGAUCCAUCACAGAACGUGCUCCUUUAAAAACAUAGCCAACUCUCCCAAAAUAACAACUAAGACCAGCAUUCUUAAAGACAGUUAAUUUGAAAACAAUACAAACCAAUAGAAUGAACUCAUUUCCAAAUAAAAUCUGGAGAGAUCGAGCACUCUUGGUACUCAUGCAAGUACUUCGCUUUAUAUCACUUAUUACACGUAGUCCCUUUGCUUCGAAAUUCUCUUUAUUGGAUAGGAAUAUGUUUAGGAUAAUUGGAGAUAAAGCAGCUGAUUUCAAUUAUUACUUACUUAAUGAUUACUUUAAAUAUAUGAAACCCCAAUAAUCAUCCCGUGUGAAAUAUUUCUUAUUACAACAUCUGUAUAAGAUUUGUUACAUGAAAGGAUUCAUGGAUUAUUUGACUACUAUCAGGUUCACAUUUGAACCAGAAUCAAUUUUCCUACUGUUGUGGAACAUUCUCAUGCUAGUAAAUAUCAAUUUAAAUGUACUGUAUAUAACAGUUAAAUUUUCUUUUGAUUUUGAAAACUACCCACCAGAAGAUUAUGAGUUUUGCGAAAUUUAUCUAUUUAGAAUCCCCUAUUUUUUGUAUUUAAUCGAUAUAAUAAUUAAACUUAACACAUGCUAUUAUGAAGCAGGCUAUUUAGUGAGAGAUAGGAAUAAGAUUUGGUACAACUUUUACAAGAACAACUUUAUUAAUAAUUUAUUUAUUUUAGUACCAACUGCAAUUUACUUUCUAGCCUUCUAAAAUUCCGCUCUUUAUUUAUUUAUGUUAUUGAAGGCUUUGUAAAUACCAACCAUUACAGAAUCAAUAAUCGACAGAGUGGAGCUGAAAACUAAUUAUUGGAUCAUUUAUGAUUUGAUUCGUCUAAUUUACGUAAUACUCUACGAGUCUCACAUAUGUUGUUGUGGAUUAUUUUACGUAGGACUUUUAAAUAAGGAAGCUUCUUGGUUAUUAUCAAAUGGCCUAGUCAAUGAGACUUGGAUAAUUAAAUACCUCAGUACAUUUUAUUGGAGCAUAAUAACAAUGACAACUAUUGGUUAUGGUGAUAUUGCCCCUUAGAAUAUUUUAGAGAAGACUUUUCUAAUAUUUGUUGCAAUUUUUUCUUGUUGCACAUUUGGUUAUUCAAUAAAUUGUAUUGGCUAAUCAAUUGGGCAGUUGUAAUCAAAGAAUCACUAAAUCAGGGUUGAUAUGAAUGAUCUUAAACAGUAUCUAAGAAUUAGAGGAUAUAAUACUAAAUUGCAAAUAAAGAUUUUAAGAUUUUUUGAAUACUUGUGGAAGGAUUAAAGAAAUGAAAAUUAAUUAGAUAUCAACAAGUUCAAUUAAUAAUUACCAUCUCAUUUACAUAAUGAAAUGAUGAUAGAUCUAAAUAUGAAAAGUAUAUCCAAGAUUCCUUUUUUUAAAGAGAAUUUUAAUGAAGAUUUCAUAUCUGCCUUAGCAUCAAAAUUUAUUGAAGAGAAGCUGGUUCCAUUUAAUACAAUAUUUUCUAAAAAUGACCCUAGCAAUUUUUUAUACAUUUUAUGUGAUGGUGAAAUUGAAUACUUUGUAGAAAUUCCAGAAGGAUCCGCUACUAUGUUAAGUAUUCAGACAAUAUCUGGAUAUGAUGAAAUAUUUGGAUAGCAAGAGUUCCUCUUAGAUUAAAACUAUGAAGUAAGUUGUAGAUCAACUACAUCAUCAAGAAUUUUGAAAAUAUCAAAGGCGGAUUUUAAUUUAAUAGCCAAAAAGUUUGGAUAUGAAAAAUAUUGCUAAUUGAAAGAUUUAGUCAAAUUCUCUGGUCGGUUCGAUGAGUUCCAUCUGCAUUGUGUUGGUUGCAAUAAAUCAACACAUAUGUUAUACUAAUGUCCAAUGCUAACAGGUUUCCCGAAUAAAACCAAAAUAAUUAUUCAAUAUCGCAAAAACCAAGCAUAAGAAAGGGAUUAUAUCAAGAGGAAUAAUCUAAAAAGAAGAUUGUCAUCACUCAUUUUUGAAGCACAAAUCUCUGAUACCGUACUCUACUAUCUUUUAAAAGACCCUAAACUAUCAUAAUAAAUCAGUUCAUAAUAUUAAAUUUAAACCCUAAAGUAGUAGUAAUUAUAAAAGGAGCUAUAAAAUUAUAAUAAUGAUAACCGUACAUAAAAGCAAGCAAAGGAUGAAGUAAGAUCAACAAUCAGAAAGCAAUCGGUCUUGAAAAUUAAAGGCAGAAAGCAAUCCUAAUAUAUUAAAAGGUUACCUGAUUUUCUGAAUUGUCAGUACAUCAACUUUAAAUCAAUGCCUGAAGAUAAAAUUAAAACAGGGGUAGACAACAUAUCUAAAAAUAUUUCGGCAGAGCAUUCAGAGGCUCAAAGUUCUGAAAUAUUUCAUAUGAAAUUGAAAAAUCAAGAGGAAACCAACAUUCUUGAGUAACGUAGAAUUUCUGCUGAUUUAGCAAAGUCUUUGUCUUUCAAACUAAUUAAUCACACAUCGUUGGAUUAAGAUUUAAGAAAAUCUGACGCUGAUAGUAUUAAGGAAAAUUCUUCUCUUUCUUAAGCAAGUAGCCAAUCCCCUACAAAAUAGUCGAAGGAUGUUAGUCCUGGGAUUGAUUAAAUCACACAAUGCUAUAUGGGUACAUACAAAGACAUUUUUGAGAAGUUCGAUAAAUUCCAGGAUUAUUAAAAUUACAUGACGCAUAUGAAUUCUUCUAAGAUUCUGGAACAACUCAAUCUAUUCAAAGAGACACAGAACUUUACUGACUUUAUGAAUGUGAACUUCGUUAGAAAGCGUAGAUCAAAGAGGAAUAAGUUGGUUAUCAAACUUGAUUAUUGA